AUGGUUGAAUUGCACGUUUUUCAGAGUAUCGAUUGCACUAUGACGAAUAAUGUUCAAGAAUCUCAGCAGACAAUGGUCGUUUGCCAUCAGCAAUGGCAACAGCCUGUGCAACUCUCCGAAAUGGAGAUUGAGGGUACAAUUCAACAAAACGUCUCCCAACCCCAGCCCGUCAUCACUCAUACCGUAGUAGACACUGGUUCCAGCAUAACACAACAACCGACGCAAUUGAUGAUGAACAACACGCAGAGCUAUGAACAGCAAGCGCCCGUUGCUUAUUCUCAGGACAUCGACGACUUAAUGGCCGUUCUCCGUGAUGAUCAAGGUAAUAGUCACAUAAUUUCCGGAUGUUAUCUCUGUGAGCAACUCGAAAUUCCUAUUAUUGCCCAAGUAUUUUGUAAGAUGGGAGGCGCCUCAAGGCAGGAUCCUGUCAAAUGCGAAUCUUGGUGUUGGUGUUAUGUGGUAGGUGAAGAUGUUGGCGAUAUUUCGUGUAUAGCGAAUAAUGGACAGUAUGCGCCGUACCCCAACGAGCCUCACGACAGCGUUGGUGGUCGAAGCACAGAUCCGAUGUGUAUGCCGUCGCACUCAGAGGAGGGUGUUGGAGAUCAGAACAUGGAUUGGUUGGACGUAAUGCUUCAAAACGCGCCCAUAGAACAGCGACCAUACGGGAGUAGUUGA